UAUUAUAUCCGUUUAGCAGUUGUUUAUGUUUUAAGAUACUGAGUAAACAUUGUGCAAUAAUUAAAAUAUUGAAAUUGUUUAAUAUUUAUUUUAAUCAAACUGUUAUUUGGAUCAUAUAUUCAAUAAUAUGACAUAUAACUAUAAAUAAUACAUUUAAAAGUUAUAUACAAGUUGUUCGAAUAAGUUGUGUUUCGUUUAUUCUAACCCUAAAGUUAGCUAGUAAACAUGUCCCGAAUUCAGCACGUGCAGGAGGCGAAUAGUAUUGUAAUAGAACGCCGUCUUCGACCCAUAUAUGAUUCAUUAGAUUUUGGGAAUUACAAAAAAGCCCUUCAAGAAGUAGAGAAGGUUUUGAAGAAAUCUCCAGCAAUACAAUGUGCUCGGGCUUUGAAGGCAUUGGCUCUUAUUCGCUUAGGAAAAGAAUCUGAGUCUGAAAUAAUAUUAAGAAGCUUAUUGAAUGAAAAGCCGUAUGAUGAAUCUACUUUGCAAGUUAUGACUAUUUGCUAUAGAGAAUUAAAUCAAGGAGAAAAUAUAUGCAUAGCUUAUGAUAAUGCAGUAAAACAAUGCCCAUCAAAUGAAGAACUAUUAAGCCAUCUCUUCAUGGCUUAUGCAAGAGUUUCUGAAUAUAAAGCGCAACAAAACACGGCACUAGCUUUAUAUAAAUUAACGCCAAAAAAUCCCUAUUACUUUUGGGCUGUAAUGAGUGUUGUUUUGCAGGCAACAAGGGGACAAGAAAAAGACAACCCAACAAAGAGAUCUCUUUUAUUAGCUCUUUCUGAGAGAAUGGUCUACAAAAUAAUUGUAGAGGAUAAAAUAGAAGCAGAACAGGAAUGUCAGCUGUAUUUAAUGAUUUUGGAGCUUCAGGGAAAAUAUAAGGAAGCUCUAGAUUUUCUUGAUGGCCCUCUUUCAGCAAAUUAUAUUACUGAGAAUACAGUGAGAUACCGCAUUAGUUUGAUGAAGAAACUUAAUAUGUGGGCUGAAUUGCUCAAUAUUUGCGAAGAUAAUUUAGUGCAAAAUGUGGAUGAUUGGGAAAUGUAUUUAGACUACUUUGCUUCAUCUUUCAAAUUGAACAAUGAUUUUGAUAUUACUAAAAUAAAUAACACUGGAGAUGAAUCAAACAUGCAAAAUAGCUCAAAACUAAAACAAACAAUGCAAAAAUGUCUUAAUUUUUUACUGUCUUUGAUAAAAGCAAUCGAAAAGAGUAAAACUAGAGGUCCAUAUUUGGCUCGACUAGAACUUUACCGAACAGUGUUUGAACAUGGUUGUGUAGAUCAGGAGCUAGAGGAGCAGUAUAUAAAUUUAAUAGUCGAAUAUUUCAGAAAAUUUGGUGACCGAGGCUGUUGUGUAGGUGAUUUAAGGGCUUCAAUUGCUAUUAUACCUUCUGGUUAUAUUGAAACAGAGGAUUCAAAUAAAUCUAAAUUUAACACCAAAUAUCUGGCAAAAUUGUUAAUUCAGGAGGUGGGAUCUGAUCCCACAGUUUUGCCUGAAAACAAAGAACAGAUGCUGAAACAUAUUUCAUUAAUUCAACUUACAAGAUUAUGUGGAGGUCACACUAUUCUAGAACCUGAACAUGUUGAUUCCCUUUUCACAGCCCUGACAGUUCAUUAUGAACAUGGACGGAGAAACUAUGGUCAAGGAUUAUUAACAACUGAUUUUGGACCAUCAGAUCGUUAUGCUUUGAUAGCCACCCAUCUAAUGUUUGAUUUGGCUAAGAAAACUAAAAGUUCUGGCCCUUUAACAAAAGCCUUAACAUUAUUAAAUUAUGUGCUGUUAAAAAGUCCUAGUAAUUUCCAUGUGAAGUUAUUAUGUUUGCAAAUAUACCAUUUGUUAGGUUGUGCAACUGGUGCUAAUGAGAUCUAUGAAUUACUUGAAGUAAAACAUCUGCAAUUAGAUUCAAUGGGAUAUUUACAUUGUGAGCCUUUGAGUCUUUGUGGAUCACCUUCAAAUGUUCAAAAAUUAUAUGAUGUAACUUUAAACUUUUUUACAAAUAACUAUAAAGACAGCAUAGAACAUUUAAUAUUAUCUUUCAAAUUUGGAUCUUUUUCAAAACUUUUUGAAUUCCUGGAUUUUCGGCAAAGACUUUCAGGAAGUUUACAUUAUACAGCUGUUACUAUCAAUAGAAUAUUGUUUGAUUUCAUACGCCACUCAACAUCUCAAAAUGAUAUUAAUAAUGUGGUGAAGAAUAUGCCUUCUGUUAUAGAUGAUGAAAAUAUUGAAUGGGAUAUUUCAUGUGACAAUAGAGAUUUUAAAGUAAUAACUGAAUGGGAGCCACAGGAGAAUGAUUGUGAAAUGAAAAAUAGUAAGGAAAGCAAAAAAAGUUAUCAGCAAUUAUCGUUUGAACAGAAUUUAGACUGUACUCGAUUAAGAUCUCAGUUACUGAAGAUCAUUACUGUAAUUGGAGAAAUUUCUUUAGAAAGUGUUAAUGAAAGACAAGAAAAAGUUGAAUCAUUGUUAAAAGCUAGGAGCAAUUUUCAAGCCAUGUAUAGUGAAAUUCGUAAUAAAAAACAUACAAAACUUCAUAUGUGUAAAUUGAGUCUACCAAUGCCAUCAAGGUUGCAUUGGAUGCUAGAACUGCCUUAUGAACAGGCAUUUGGAGAUAUGUGUUUAUAUGUGGCUUGGAUUGCUGGUCAAGAAAUUGAUGAUAUAGUUGAUCCAAAAAGUUGGAAAUGGCCAAAUGAGCUGGCAUCAAACCUAGCACAGUUAAUCAAAGAACAAAAUACUUGUGAUGAUCCAUUUUGGAAUCACAGAUACGCUAGGGGAGUAGUAAUUAGCACUAUUGAGAUUCUUAUAUUGUGUACAUUGUGUUGUGGUGUAUGUUGUGAGAUAAAAAAAGUGCCAGAAAAUAAAAUGAAGAAGUCUAGAAAAAAAUCAGCACCAUUUAUAAACUCUAGUGCAAACCCGGUUUCGGACCUUGUUUCACAUUUAAAACAGACUUUAGAAAGUGUAUCAACAAGUUUAGAAAGUUGGACGUGUCCAAAAAUAUCACAAGAUGUUACUGAAAAAUUAGCAGCGCUGUCACUAAAUGAUCCAAAUCUACUAAAAAGCAAUAAGUUUACUGAAGAUUUCUCUAUAUUCGUCAAAGAAUAUCAAGCACUGAUUAAAGACAACAUAAAAUACCUACAUAAAAUGAAUGUUUAAUAUCUAGAAAGAGUUGCUGUACAUUUUGUUCA